UGUCACUUUUUUGGUACAUCAACAUCAUAUUUUUGUAAUUUUUUCUAAAUCUUCAGUCUCGUAAUUAGUUAAUAUAUACAAAAUAGAUUCAAACUAAAAUGGGUGAUGUGAGUGAUUCAAAGAGUGAUAAAAAAGAGCGUGUGAGAUGCGACGUCUGUCGUACCAUCAACUUAGCUAAACAUGUGAAGCACCCUAAACCAGACAUGCAAAUGUAUGAAAAAUGUACCCCCGUAGAAAAGUACAGCUGUCCUCGCGUCGCAGAACUCCCACUGAAACCUACCUGUAUCAAGGUUUGCAGUAGAGAAGAGUUCAAGUUAAAAAGAAGCGGCCAAGCUGUUGUGAUGCCUAGAAUGCCUCAUUACGUGCACGGAAAGCUUUUGUACGCCGUCAAAGCUGGAAUCCUAAUAGGCUCUGUUUACUUCACUUAUACACAAGGAGUGUGGGGCGACCAACAAGAAGUCACAGAAUGCCUCCGUCGUUGGCAGGAAUACAUUCGCAGCAUCAACACUAGACGUCCACCCAUCUUCGAUCACUGUGGUAACGUGAUUAAAAAAGAUACCGUGGAGAGUUUUGUGGCACCACUGUACGCCAUGUACAAAAGCGCCGUGACAACAUGUUUCGCGGGUGUAGUGAAGGUGCCGCUCAUAAUAAAAUGCGCGUACCUGGACUACCUAAAAGCCUUAGAGAAAAAACACGAGGAAGCCGCCUUGGAACGGAAAUUAAAGAGGAAGGGAUAAUCAUAAACACAACCCCCCCUAUGAUAAUUAACAACGUAAAUUAUAACUUUUAAAAUUACAAGUUGAGUUAGUUUCAAACUGUCAAAAAAAUUCAAAAGUUAGUCGUUGGAUCGACUAAGCACUAUUUGAUCGUUUAUUUUUGUCGUCCACUAACUUUGAUUAUAUUAUUAUCUAAGUUUUAGUGAAAUUUGUUUAUUAAUUAUCUAACAAGUGUCCAAGUUAACAUUUUAUAAAAUGCAUUCUAUGAAAUACCGUAAAAUGUCUAGUAUUGUUUAGUGCUUGCCGUACUAUAAUUUUUAAAUUCCUAACAUCGGAAUGUAGCAAUAUUUAAAAUUAUGGUGAGCAUAUAUACAAGGGAACGUAUUUUAAAAACAUAUUUAUUGUAUUGUUACUUAUUGUUAAAAAAGAGUAAUACAAAUCUUUGAAUGAUUUA